AUGGCUGGAGGCAGUACUCUGGCUCCAAGGCCGUCAUUGAUCAGGGGUCCUUCAACACCGCCAGUGCUGGAGACCACAUUCAACAUCGCCCUUGAAGAACGAUGCUCUGAAUUCCCCGAAAAUAUCAUCGCCUACUCACCUCAGCAGAAGACGCAAAUCACCUACGCUUCUCUUCAGACACAAUCUCGCAGAGUUGCGGCUGGACUCCGGGCCUUGGGAGUCGGAAGUGGAGAUCGAGUUGCCAUUCUACUAGGUAACAGGAUAGAGUACCUCGAGAUCUUUCUAGCUUGCGGCAAGUUGGGGGCAUACGCGACCCUGCUCAACUAUGCAUAUUCAGCGGCGGAAUUGCACAGCACAAUCGCUGCUACGACGCCGAAAGUGCUUAUAACUACAUUAACGACGUCUCGCUACGACUAUACCACAACGUUGAACGAGCUCUCGUCUCAGUUGUCAUGUAUAGAAAGCAUCGUCAUACUGCCGGAUAUAUCAGGCGAAGCUGACCACCAGGAACGAAACCACGGCUUCCUCACUUACUGUGGACUUUGUGACCUUGGUUCAUCGUCCACUUGGGAUUUGGUACAGGCUGAGAACGCCGUGAAGCCAGAGGACAUCAUCAAUCUACAAUUCACCUCAGGAAGCACGGGCCGACCGAAAGCUGCUGCUCUUACACAUCGAGGGAUUCUCAACAGUGCACGUUACAUAGGCCGGCAGAUGAAGAUUCACCCCAGCGACAGGAUUUUGGUGCCCGUACCUUUGUUCCAUGCAUUUGGCUUGAUUAUUGGGAUGUGCGCGGCAAUGAUGGCAGGCGCGAGUAUCGUGCUUCCAUCUGAGUACUUUGACGCAGGAGCAACACUCUCAUCGAUACAAGAAUUUCGAUGCACUGGAAUAUAUGGCGUCACAACUAUGUUCGUUGAUGAGCUUUCGCAUCCAUGUUUCGGAGCCUUCCGGUUGUCAUCUUUACGCUUUGGCGUCAUGGCAGGGUCAGCGAUGCCGGAAGAGCUGCUUCGAAGAGUCACCAAGGCCUUUCCUCUUCCCAUCAUUUAUACCAAUUGGGGCAUGACUGAGCUCUCCUCAAUAGCUACUAUGACUGAUGGCUCGGACACAAUCGAGAAAAAUCUGAAAACCGCGGGCAAGCUCUUGCCAAACCUGGUAGCCAAGAUUAUUGACCUGAGACUGGACGCACAGUCCCUUGGGGCUACUAUGAAGGCCAUCAAGGCGCACCCAGAGGACACCUUGCCCGGUCAUGCGGGCCCUGACGAGUUGGGGAAAUCUAGAAGGUGGAUGCAUACAGGAGAUGAAGGAUACUUAGACGAAGACGGCUACUUGGUCAUCACAGGUCGCAUCAAAGAUCUCAUCAUCCGCGGCGGCGAGAACAUUUCACCUGCAGAGAUUGAAGCCAGACUCUAUGAGCACCCUGCCGUGAAACAGGUUGCAGUCUUUGGUGUGCCAAGCAAGCGUUAUGGGGAGGAAGUUGCCGCCAUGCUCGAGAUUCAGAGUUAUCGCAGCGUCCCUCCGCCAAUUGCCGAGAUGAAAUCAUGGGUACGCCAGACGUUGGCUCGCUAUAAGGUACCGGUCCAUGUGUGGUGGCUGGGAGAUGCCACUUUGGGCAUCCCGUUGGAGUGGCCGAAAACGGCGAAUGGCAAAUUGAGGAAAGUCGACCUGCGCAACAUUGGUAAAGAAAUCCUAUCGCGAGCGAACGAUAGCUCUGCUGCAGGACACCUGCGAUCCAACCUCUAA